CCCAUGAUGUAUUUAUCUAUUUGCAAUAUCAAAUACACAGCAGCACAAAAUUAAAUUAACAUAUCUAGUUGCAUAUAUUACAAGAUAUAUGUUAUAUUUCAUUACAUCAAAACCUUAUAUUAGCAAAACAACACUUGUGCAUUGUGUUGAGGUUAAAGCGAUGGCAAACGACACUGGAAGUAGAAAACGGAUUUUCGUUACACUUGUAUGUUUAAUACAAUGUUGUGUCAGUGUUGGACUAAUAUAUGGAUUUAGCGUUAUGUAUGCUGAACUAAUAGACGUGUUCAGUACAUCGAGACUUUCCAGUGCUUUGAUCCAAGGAAUUUUUAAUUUCAUUGCAUUAGGAGGAGGUGUAUUAUGGACAUGGCCAAUACAUUAUCUAGGCAUUGGAUCAUCAAUGGCUUUUGGUGCAUUAUUGGCCUUUGUUGGAUUCGGCACAAGUGCAUUUGCAUCGGAUUCGAAAACUAUUGUUGCUUGCACAGGAGUUAUAUGUGGUGCUGGAUUAUCGAUCGGGUUUAUGGCUCCUUUUGCAGUGGUAGGUUUGUUGUACAAAACAGAUGCAAGCUUUCCGAUAGCGUUGCUAACAGUUGCAGGUAGUGUCGGACAGAUGGCCAUGCCACAAAUCUAUCGUGUUCUCCUUGAUCUUUAUCACUGGUCCGGGGCAUUUAUCCUUCUAGCCGGUAUUGCCCUGCAUGGGUUGCCAUGCGGUGUGAUUAUUCAAUAUUCAAAUGAUAUUUUCAUAAAGGAGAAUAACUCCAAUACAAAUUCGGGAACAUGUUGCAAGAAACUGUGUUUUGAUCCUGUGACUUUGCUAUUUCUCGUUAUAGUUCUUCUUAUUUUUGCCUCAAGUACGUUUAAAACAUGUUCCUCUUAA